AUGGUCCUGUUCAAGCGGAAACCAGUUCAAUACCUUCCACGGCCCGUCAUUGAAGAUGACAGCUCCGAAGUAUGGGUCAUCCCAGAGACCAACGAGGUCUUCAUUCACUAUGAACCCUACCUUCAGCGGAUGGACUUCUACAAGCAGAAAAGGUUCAUUUGUGAGAUCACGGGUCACUCGGGAUUGACAUUUUUCGAGGCUUUGAAGAGCGAGAUGGAGGAAUCGCGUGAAGUCAACAGUGCUUUUCCCGACGCCUUGAAAGAACCAAUUCUCCGCCGGAUUCAGUUUUCCACAGUGUCGCGGGUCGACAAUCUCGUGGACGAGAUCUUUGAGGAAUUUAAGCAAGACUUCUAUCCCGGGGAACCCGUUCUGAUUCUUCUCGACGACAACACCCGUCUGCAUGGUAUCAUAAGGGACAAGGCCAACUUUGCCGAACAACUCCACCCGGAUGGAACCGUCAAGCUGCCCGCCCAUAGCACCUAUCUUGUCAAGGUUCUGGACCGUCCAAAUGAGGAAGCGCUGCUGGACCAGGACCAUAUCACCCGAGACCGGAAGACUUUCACCAAGCAAAUGCUGCGCGCCUUCAUCAAGAACAACGUGACACGGGAGGCGUGGAAUGGCGCUCCUUGGCUGGUGAAACCUUCGAUUGCCGAGGAAUACAGAAUACCGACCGAAGUACCGAAGCACUUGCAGUAUGGCGCCAAGGUUGCCGAAAAGAAGGCUAUGAAAAAGGCCGACCAGGAGGGCUUCUUCGGAUUCUUUGCUUCGCAGCAACUACCAGAACUGAAACCCGCAGUCAAAGAACAAAAGCUCAAGCCAUCGCAGCAAGAUUUUGUUCGCUCGAAGGAGGCCCAAUUUCUGGAAUAUCAGCGGUCUCUGAACGGCAAUCCAUCGUUCCUUCUUGCGCAUAAGGCUAACGGAGCUGCUCGUCCCCCCAAACCUCAGGAAUUGGAGAAGAAGUUGCAACCGCAACCGCAACCGCAACCUCCUCCCGUCGUGGUUGUCAAGCCCGAACCUCCAAAGGAGCCGACACCACCGCCAAUUAAGUACCCUAUUGAGGAUUUGGAUAUUGCGCCAGACCCCGAGAAGAAAAAGCAGCGCCCAGCUCUUAGCUAUAUGACCACCGACGAGGUUGAUGACUCAGAUGAUGAAGAGCUCCUGCACAGUUUUCUCGAGAUGGAGUCUGUGGGACGUCUUUUGGAAACGUGGAACACGCUUAAUGUCUACUGUGAGGUCUUUCAACUGGACUCCUUCACUUUUGAUGACUUCUUUCAGGCCAUGCGAUUCUCUUCUGAGGACGUGGACUGUGAGCUGUUUGUUGAACUCCAUUGCGCUGUGCUGAAGAAGCUCGUCAAUGCGGAGAAGGAUGAAGAGGGUGCUGUACAAAUUUCUCUUCCAGAACUCCCUGACGAAGAAUCCGACGACUCGGAGGCGGAAGAGGAAGAAGAGGAGGCAGAGCCUACCCCUGAACCGGAGCCAGUGGUGACAAGGAUGACGACUCGGAGUAGCCUAGCCAAGGCCGAAGCGGAAAACCUGAAGGCGCAGGCAGAGCGUGAGGGCUCCAGUGCAGAGGAGAUCCCGGUUCAUCGAGCCGCCGAGAUGUUUGGAGAAUAUGGUUGGAUUGAGCGUCUGCGGAAGCGGGAUUUCCGGAAUGGUGGUUGGGAACUGGUCAUGGUCGGCCUCCUCAAUCGGCUUUCAGGCCGCCCGCGCAUGAAGGAAGUCUGCAACAAAAUUCUCGAACAUCUGGCUCCUUUGGAUGCCGAAGCAACUCAGGAAACUGCUCAGUACCAAUACGCCACCUUGGAUAUCAACCUUCGCAUCCAUGCAUUGCAAAUUAUCUGCAUGCUCAGCCUUGAAACGAAAGCUAUUCGAAAUUACCUCGAGGAGUGCAGUAACCAGAUGACGGAGUUCCGCAAGGAGAAGAUCGAAUACCAGAAAGCACGCAAAGUAGUUCUCGAGGAGCUUCGUCGCUUACACCAGGAGCGUAAGGCUCUUCAGCCGGAGCCCGAGAAGUCUCCAUCGCCAGCGCCGGAACUGGACGCCCUGGAGGACUCGAAGAUGACUGGCAUUGACGGUGAUUCCGAUAACUCCGACCAAGAGGCAGCUCCCCAGCGGAGUCUUCGUGGUGGCUUGGACCGACAACUUGAGCGCAAGCGCAAGCAAGAAGAGGAGCGCGAGCGGAAAGAACAAUUGGCCAAGCAACCUAAGGGAACCAAGCAGUAUCAGAGAGUGCUCAAGAAGAUCGAGGAUCAGAAAGCCGCAGUCAAGAAGCUCGAAGAUAAGAUUGAGGUUAUCGAUAACGAUCUGAGGGAAGCCGAUUGCCCGCGAACCAGAUGCCUCGGCAAGGACCGUUUCUGCAACCGCUACUGGUGGUUUGAACGAAACGCGAUGCCGUAUGGAGGCAUGCCCAACAGCUCCACAGCAGAGGCACAGUACGCAAACGGCCGCUUAUGGGUCCAAGGUCCGGAUGAGUUGGAACGCGUGGGCUUCAUUGACGUAUCCGACGAAUACAAGAAGCAAUACUUCAAGCAGUUCCAGACUACGCCAGCAGAGCGCAAAAAACAAGAGGAAGGACCAACGCAACUGACGAACGCAACCGAAUGGGGCUAUUAUGACGAGCCAGAUGCUAUCGAGCAGCUGCUUGACUGGCUGGACUCCCGUGGUAACCGAGAGUCAAGGCUGCGCAAGGAGCUACAACUGCAGCGUGACAAGAUCGCUACAUACAUGCAACACCGCAAGGAGUACUUGGAGCAGACGGCAGAACGGGCAGAGUCGGAGGAAAUCCCCAGCAAGCGAGUCAUGACGCGCAACAAGGCCUACGUGGACGACAACAAGCAUCGUUGCAUGCGCUGGAGAAACAACACGAGCAUCAAUGACAAUGGACACCUUCAUGUGGAUGCCUCCCGCCCGACCAAACGAGCCAAACGAGCUAUCGACGAGUCGAAAGAGAUCAAGGCAACCAACCGCCAAGGCAAGCCUCUGACAAGACAAGGCACACGCUACAACUUCUAG